GGCACAUCCGGGCAGUUCCGCAAAUGGCGUGCGCUUUGAAGCCGCGGGCUGAGUUGAUACACAAAACUAACCAGUGAUUAUUAUCAUAUUAUAGUAUCAUAUGUAGUGGGUUUACAUCAGGGUGCUAAGCGAACUGUCAGUUGUGCAUGAAAAUGAGUUCAAGAUCGAGAUCAGACAACAACACAGAGGUUGUUACUGCCAGAAGUCGCCUGGAUGGGGUGUUGCAGACACUUGUGGACAAGAAGGACGAUAGCAUAGAGAUAGAUGUUGACAUUCAGAUAAAAGAGGAGCCCACUGAAGACUCUCCAGUCAAAGUGAGCACACCACGGAAAUCUACCAUUAGCACACCAGGCAGCAGUACAAAGUCUCCAGCAGCCAAGAAAAGAAAGAGAAAAGAUGAUGGACCUGGUGGUGAAAUGGGCCAGUAUCACCAUACCUAUGUAAUGAAACUGUUUGACCGUAGUGUGGAUCUGGCUCAGUUCACUGAAAACACCCCACUGUAUCCUGUGUGUCGAGCCUGGAUACGCAACCAACCACACAACAGAGAGCUGGGCAUCAAGAGAUUAGAGACGCCUGAACCAGAGGAGUUGAGCGAUGAGGAGGAAGCAGAAGGUCCUAAGAACGUGUAUCGUCUCCCUGCUCCCCUUGGUCCAGUAAAGCGUGAACCUGGCCAUGCAUUCAUGCACACUGACCUGAGAGUGCCCUCACCAGUACCUCAACCUGAUCUGCCUCUGGAUGUACAUGCUGACCAGGACCAAGCACCUCCAGCAGAACAGUUACUACUCAACCACAUGGUCAGAUGGAAGGAGAUUAGACAAAAGUGGAAAGUGCAGUCCAUAGUCAAUGAAGCUCGUUAUGCAGAAAGUUUACAUGUGAUCAAAGAUAUAUAUGACUACCAGAUGCAGCAGUAGAACAUAGUAACCGAGUGUGACCAAGAUACAUAUGCAGCAUUAGUACAUCAGAACUGUAUGUGGCCAGUGAUAAAAGGGCUGCACGAUGCAUCAGUAGCAUUCGAGAAAUGUGACAAAGGAUGUGUAGGACCAGCAAGUGCAGCAGUAGCACAUCAAAUCUGUAUUUGGCCAAGGAUAUAUGUGGCUACCCAAUGCAGCAAUGGCACAUCAGAAAUGUGACAGAGGAUAUAUAGGACUAGCAAGCUGUAUUUGGCCAAGGAAAUAUAUGGCUGCACAGUGCAGCAGUAGCACAUGAGAAAUGUGACAGGAUAUAUAGAACUAGCGAGUGCAGCAGUAGUACAUCAAAACUGUAUGUGACCAAGGAUAUAUGGCACUAAAAACUGCAGUAGUAGCACGCCACAACAGUGGCCAAGGUUCAGAUACAGAUAAUUAUAAUAUCACUAUCAGAUGUGAUUGGCAGAACGUUUGACCACCAGAUGCUGUGCAGCACCAGCACAGGAGUUGCAUGUUGAAGUGGUGAUUUAUAAAAUGCUUUGUGCAGUAUGGCAACUUUUAGACUGAAAGACCUGUAUGUUGUCCUUGAGGACAAGUCCUUUCAUUGGAGAAUUUAACCACAUGAAUAUGAAUAAAACAUUAUUAGUCUUAUUUUGCUGUUGUAUUGACUAUUCCUCAUAUUAGUUCACAUUUUGAAAACAAAACACCAGAGACAGGUCAUUUUAACCAGUGAAUUGUUUUGGACAUUCAGCCCAUAUGAAAUCCAGGGUGUUCAUUCUACAGGAACUGUCUGUAUUUCACAUUUGUUAUGCUGACAUGAUUGAACCUUUGAGGUACCAAUUAAGAAAGAACAGUUCAGCUGCAGUUAAAUUUAAAACCUGCAUUUUAUUUAAAUAUUAAAAACAGGAAAUGAGAACUCAAAAGAUAGGUGAAUAAUACUGUUAUAUGCUUUUUUUAUUCAUUUUUAGUAUCAUUUUACUAAUAAAAUAUAUUUGAAUAUUGUAUUAAA